AUGGGCAAGGUUUGCGCCAUUUUUGGAGGAUCCCGAGGAAUAGGAAAAGCUGUUGCAGAAUUACUGGCACAGAAAGGCUGCCGCUUGGCGAUUAUUGCCAGGAAUCUGGAAGUAGCCCAAACCACUGCACGUAGUCUGGGUGCAGGACAUCUGGCACUUAGCUGCGAUGUAUGCAGUGAACAAGACGUCCAAAGUACUUUUGAGGAGAUGCAGAGGAAUUUAGGUCCUAUUAACUACUUGGUUAAUGCAGCUGGGAUCAACAGGGAUGGUUUGUUACUGAGAACCAAGACGGAGGAUAUGAUAGCCCAGAUUCACACUAACCUUUUGGGAACAAUGUUGACAUGCAAAGCUGCUGUAAAAAGCAUGAUACAACAACAGGGAGGUGCUAUUGUCAAUAUAGGUAAGUUACUUGUCUAA